AUGUCGGCUCAAGUGGAACAGAUCCCUAUCCGGGACGAGCAGGUCCAGGACAGCAACGUCGAUGCUCAGGCUGAGGACGAGGUCGCUUCCAGCGGCUCCGAGCAGCGACAGAUCGACACUGACGCUUCCGAGCUCGAUCAGAACAACAUCAUUGACGACUCGCCCGGUGUCUCUACCCGCGGUGCCAAGGUCGAUGCUACCAAGCAGGAGCGCGAGAUUGAUCAGGCCGUCGAUGCUGCCGACCAGGCCUCUUGA